CGAUGCGGUGGACCGGGUACCAGAUCGGGGGUACAAGGUGCUGGCGCAGAAUGACCUGGAGCGCGGAAGACCUCGCAAGCGACGUCUCGACGAUGAUGCGUCCGAGUGCAGUUCUAUGUAUGGAGGCCUAAAUCCUAGCAUUAGCGAGAGCGUGGGAAAGAGCCUCGCAGCUGAAGGUAGUGGAGGAGGAUCCAAAAGUGGCGAACGCACUGGUACGCGAGGGCGCAAGCGGGAUAAGCGCCGCACCAGAACCGCGGUCUGUUGCCGCUACGUGGUCUUGUUCUUGCUGCAGAUUGCUGUUGUAGUCUCCGCCUCCUUUGCACUAGUAUCCGUAUUAAGACUGGCGUCCACCCGUGCCAACGCAUUCAGCAUCGCAUCUGAAACCGUGAGCGCUGCACACAGUCAAAUCCCUGGGGGUCUCAUCGGGACAUUGAUCAGCUCUGCCUCGUCUGCGGGGAUGCUGUUGAUUCUCGCCGUGCCAUAUGCUCUGAUGUUUGUCUACUGUCUACCUAAGCUCUUCCAGGAGAAUCAAUCCAGCGGUAUCCGAUGUUUUGAAAUCAUACUGUCGGUGGUACUGGCCGUUCUGCAGAGUGUGGGCCACUGUAUUCUGCUCUUCCACGUGUUGCCGUUGAUCAACAGUUCUAUGCUCACACUGCUGGUACUACCCUCCUUUGCUCUGCCUGGCAAGUACAGUUGCGCGGCUUUGAAGCUUGUGCGCGCGCGUUCAACCCCCACUCUCAUCGUGGACCUUCUGACCGUUAUUUUACUCUCUGGUUCUCUGGGGGCAGUUCUGUACCUACUCCACGAGCCCACCUUGUACUGGCUACUACCGGUGUGCAUACUUCUAAGUGGCAGUGCCGAUGCACACGCGGCUGUGUCUGCCUACCGACUGUGGGCGUCUAAGCCACCCAGACGAUACCUAAUUGCGGCCAUAUCCCAUUUCUUGUGCUUGAUUGCGGUUUGUGCGGGGGUUGGUAUUAGUCAGAUGUUCGGCGCUCAGCCUGCCUCGUGGAGAAGCUUUUCGCGAGUGUUCACGCGCGGCUUUCCCUUUCUGUUCAAGAUGCCGGCGCUCUUUGAGCCCAUGCUAUGUCACGUCAUUACUGGUUUCUGCGCGUUCCUUUUCACAUGGCUCGCCUGUGCUGUGCAAGGCCAGCGUAUGGCGGCUGUCAUCCCACUGGCCCUAUCCUUGCCUCUGUCGCAGGUUGUGCUGUUUUUAGCACAGAACGGAGUACUCCCCGUGUGGCUCAGCGGCAUCUCCGGUAUCACCGAGUUCGAGCGAAGCAUUCCAACCGAGGAGUUCUACUACUAUGUGGGUGUGGGGGUGUGCUUGUGGUUGGCCUUUCUGCUGUCUGUGCGCAACACGUGGUACCAGGACUAUCGCUGGGUGCCGCUGGAGCACAAUCUUUGGUUUCAUCCGCGGUAUAAUAGUGUGUUUGGCCCUGUCAGUUUAUUGGAGAACAUUGUGGCGCGCAAACUGACGCGCAGAGACGUCCAGGUGGUCCAGGCUGACGUGGACGCAGACGAUGAAGACUAUGAAACAACCACACACAUCAACCCCCUCUCGGAACACACUGAAGGCAGUCACUUGGGCGACAGUGGUGUGAGAGAGGCUUCAGCCAGCAGAGGUGCUAUGAACAUGUCUGGUCAUGGGGCUAUGGUGUUCAUCUGCUCAACACUGUGGCACGAGACACGCGUGGAGAUGAGCACAUUGCUCAAUAGUAUGCUGACUGUGGACAUGGUCCAGUAUCUGUUCUACAUCCUACACUUUCGCUGCAGCCCCGCUAAGAAUGGGACGGACUCGUACACAAACAAGUUUAUCUUGACUACUGAUGGAGAUGUUGGCUUUGACUACACAUCGGUGGAAGACCUUCUGUUGUAUCUGAUGCGAGACGAGACUGUAGGGGCUGUGUGUGCGCGCAUCCAUCCCGUGGGCAAGUCGCCCGUUGCCUGGUUUCAGAUCUUCGAGUACAGCAUUGGGCAUUGGCUUAUGAAGACGUUUGAGAGUGUAACAGGCUCUGUGCUCUGCUGCCCAGGGUGCUUCUCGCUCUUCAGGUAA